UAUUCGUUCCACGAACUUCCAAUUAUGGUUGGUUAUCAAAAACGGGGAAGAGGUGCCGAUGAAGAAAGUCGAGGACAAAUUGAUCCCCAAGACCGAAGAUGAAUUUGAUGCGGAGGACAUCAAAAAGGUCGAGAAUUAUGCAAAGGCAAUAAACAUGCUUUAUUGUGCCGUAAAUCCUGAUGACUACCGCAAAAUCUCUUGCUGCUCAACCGCCAAGGAGAUGUGGGAUAAACUUGAGAAAGUCGAGGACAAAUUGAUCCCCAAGACCGAAGAUGAAUUUGAUGCGGAGGACAUCAAAAAGGUCGAGAAUUAUGCAAAGGCAAUAAACAUGCUUUAUUGUGCCGUAAAUCCUGAUGACUACCGCAAAAUCUCUUGCUGCUCAACCGCCAAGGAGAUGUGGGAUAAACUUGAGGUGACGUACGAAGGAACGAACCAAGUACGUGAAGCCAAGAUCGACUUCCUCACCCAAGAGUAUGAGAUGUUUAGAAUGAAGGAGGACGAAAAUAUCGACGACAUGUUCGACCGAUUCUCCAAGAUAGUCAACGAUCUUCAUGCAUUGAAGAAGACUUACACCGACACGGAUCUUGUGCGAAAGGUCCUACGGAGCUUGACAUCUGAAUGGCGAUCCAAGGCUGAUGUCAUCUAUGAGUUAAUCGGCACAUCAAAUGUCACCAUCGACGGUCUAAGAGGUAAUCUAAAAACUUAUGAAUCUACUAUUCUUAACCCGUCUUUGAAUUACCAAAAGAUAGGAAUAGCAUUAAAAGCCGUCAAAGAAUCAACGAUGAAUGAUUCAAGCGACGAUGAUGAAGUCAAGCUUGUCAUGAAGAAGUUUUGCAAACUUCUAAGGAAGAAAGAAAGGGUUGAGGAUGGCCCUGUGUGCUAUGGAUGUGGUGAAGCCGGGCACAUCAAGAACAACUGCCCGAGAAGCGGAAGGAAUGCUCGUCAAUUGAAAAGGCAAAGGGCAUAUAUCUCUUGGGGUGGCAACUCCGGCGAUGAAGACGGGGAUGAAACUGCCAACCUCUGUCUCAUGGCGCACGGAGACCAAACCGACAAUGUACAAGAGGAUGAAUAUGGUUAGACCCCCUAGCUAUUAUCAACCUAGGCAUAUGUUCAACCCAAACGUAGUAUGCCAUUAUUGCAAUAGGGUAGGACAUAUGUUGGGAAACGAGGCUUGGAUAACGCAGCGGAAAACAAAAAUUUAUAGUCCAAAACUCGAUUCCACCCAAGAACAACUUACGUAAAUUACUAGCCAUAGUAAGAAAUUUACCUUAACGGU